UGGGGAGACUCGCCAAGACUGAGACUCUGGUUGAAGUGAGAGGCAAUCCCAGGAGACAGGCAGAAAAGCGGCAUAAAGUUAAUGCGGGAGACAGAGAGAAGGACAUCGAGUCAGCAAGCAGCAGGGGCGGUCCACCGUCUGCGCGCUCGUAGGCGGUCGCGGUGGUCGCGCAGRGGGUGGCUCCCAGACCCCAGCUUCCCAUGGAGGCGCCUGAGCUGGGCCCGGGGCUGGUGGAGCGUCUGGAGCAGCUGGCGACGUGUCCGCUKUGUGGGGGCCCCUUCGAGGACCCAGUGCUUCUGGCGUGUGAGCACAGCUUCUGUCGCGCGUGCCUGGCCCGCUGCUGGGGGAACCCGCCGCCCACCGGCACUGAGGGGUCCCCCACCGCCUGCCCCUGCUGCGGCCUGCCGUGUCCCCGCCGCAGCCUGAGGUCUAAUGUGCGGCUGGCGGUGGAGGUACGGAUCAGCCGCGGGCUGCGGGAGAAGCUGGCCGAGCCCGGCGCCCGCUUGGGAAGGCGCCGAGGAGGCCGUAUCCCAACCAUGGGCUGCCUAGACCCGCACGGAGAGGAUAUUAGGAAGACGUGGAGGCGAUUUGAUGCCCCAGCACCCAAGCUGUCUAACUCAGAGGAAGAUCUCCCUGAUGAUUAUCCAGUGGUCAAAAACAUGCUUCACAGACUGACAGCCGACUUGACGCUGGACCCUGGCACCGCACACCGCCGCCUGCUCAUCUCCACCGACCGUCGCAGCGUCCGACUGGCCCCACCAGGCACCCCUGUACCCCUGGACGGCCCCGCGCGCUUCGAUCAGCUCCCAGCAGUACUAGGUGCACAGGGCUUCGGGGCCGGCCGCCAUUGCUGGGAAGUGGAGACCACGGAUGCUGCUUCUUACGGAGACUCUUCCGGAGAGGAUGAGGACGACGGGGAGAGCUGCUAUGCGGUGGGCGCUGCCGGGGAAUCGGUGCAACGCAAAGGCCGCAUCAGSCUGUGCCCAGCGGAGGCCGUGUGGGCAGUGGAAGGCCGCGGCGGCCGCCUGUGGGCCCUYACCGCACCAGAGCCCACCCUGCUGGGUGGCGCUGGACCACCGCCGAAGCGCAUUCGUGUGGAUUUGGAUUGGGAGCGGGGCCGCGUGGCCUUCUACGAYGGCCGCUCAUUGGACUUGCUCUUCGCCUUCCAGGCGCCCGGACCCCUGGGAGAGCGCGUAUUCCCUCUGCUUUGCACUUGUGAUCCCCGGRCCCCGCUCCGCAUUGUGCCAGGAGAAGGCUGA